GAACAACUCUUUAGUGUUGGUCUACUGCAUGUGCUGACACCAAGGUGCUCUCGAGUCCCAACAACUAAGAACUGUUUUUAUAAUUAAUAUCAUCGUGGUGGACUGUUGUUACUCUCGCGGAAAGGUUGAUCUCUCUCUCUCUUUCUUACUUUUACUCGCUUUUAUUCUGUUAUUAUCUUCCCGGCUUUCUCAAUAUCAUCGGUUAAACUACUCAGUGCUUCUUCGCGUCUAUCUAAGACCACGAUCCUUGUUGGAUAACUGCCUUUUUACCAAACUGCUAUCUUGGCAAGUCUUUAAGCGAUCUAUUCUAACUGAUUGUUUUGAGAUACGUUAAAGAAAAGAAAAUGGUAAUGGAGGCUUCCCCCUCGCCGCAAAGCGUCGGUCGCGAAUUUGUCCGGCAAUAUUAUACUUUGCUUAAUCAGGCUCCCGCACAUCUUCAUAGGUUUUAUAACCAACAUUCAUCUUUUGUGCACGGAGGAUUAGACUCUAAUAGAGAAUCUACACCUGCUGUUGGACAAAAGCAAAUACAUCAAAAAAUUCAACAACUCAAUUUUCGUGAUUGCCAUGCUAAGAUCAGCCAAGUUGACUCACAAUUAACAUUGGAAAAUGGAGUUGUUGUGCAGGUUUCCGGAGAACUGUCCAAUGCUGGUCAACCAAUGCGUCGCUUCACCCAAACUUUUGUACUGGCAAUACAAGCACCCAAAAAAUAUUACGUUCACAAUGAUAUUUUUAGAUAUCAAGACAUGAUUUUUCCCGAUGAAGAAGAAACGGAUGUUAGUGGUAUGGAAGGUGGUAUUAAUGAAACAGGUGAAAGAGAUGCUGAAGAAGGGGGGCCUUCCGAGCCAGAUGAAGAUGAACAUCAAAAUCAAGGACAGCCGCUUACUGGUACUGCACCAGCGGCUGAACCACAAACUCAGGCUACUCUCAUUUCUACUCAACAACCUCAAUUGCAACAACAACAGAUUUAUUAUGCACAACCACCGCAGCCAUUGGUUCAUCCGGUAAUGCAACAAGUUUUGAAUGGAACUGUUCACGAAGAAACCACAUUGAUUAAUCAACAACCCCAGCCUCAGCCUCAACAACAACCACCUCCUCCUCCUCCAGUACAACAACAGCAACAACAACAACCGCAACAACAACCACCACAUCAAUACAUUGCUGAACCAACGGCACAGAUUCAAUUUGCUCAAGAAACAGAGACAGAUACCGCUGCAGAAAAACCAACAUCAACCGAGGAAGAACCACAAGCACAACCAGCUGAAACUCAGGAACAGACAGAAGCUGAAACAACAUAUUCAGCAACCACGCAAGAAUCUGAACCUGAACGUCAAGUGUCUCCCAACACCACCAACAUUAGCAGUAGCGGACCUAAAACAUAUGCUAAUUUGGUAAAAUCGUUUCCAAGUUCGAACUCCACUCCUAGCCCUCAAGUUCCGAAGAUCUCUAUGUCCCCUGUAAGUUCCCAUAACAAUCGCAAGCCACCGAUGACAAACUUAAGGUUAGAUGAUAGAUCACAAUUACACCCUACGGGAAGCGCAGCGACGUUAUCAGGAAUGAAUGUUAAUGCUUCUCAACAACAGACGCACAGAAAUAAUAGCAAUCAACAACCACAACAACCACAACAUCAACAACAAAGAGCUUCAAGAGGUGGUCUUGUUCAACGAGGUAACGGAGAAAGACGUGGUGGAACAAGACCAUGUCAAUACAGCGAUGCCCAUCAAUUAUUCCUUGGAAAUUUGCCACAUAACGCAUCAGAACACGACUUACGUCAAUUGUUUGAACGAUAUGGUAAAGUUGCAGACUUACGAGUACACAGCAAAUCCAGUGACAGGUGCAAAGGUCCUUUGGGUAGCAAUAAUAAUACUAAAGUACCCAAUUACGGAUUUAUCACUUUUGAAGAUCAAUUGGUUGUAACGAAAGUAUUAAACUCAUUGCCCAUAUGUUAUCCCGAUGAACAUGGACAAAAAUUAAACGUUGAAGAAAAGAAAACGAAACCCAGGAUGUCGAUGGAUGGAAGUGGAGGAAGAUUAAAUUCAGGUGAUGGUAACAUGCGUCCAAUGGGACAACAACAACAACAGCAACGUGGACCAGGUAGAGGUGGUCCAGGAGUGAUGAGGGGUGGCCAGCAUGGAGCUCGUGGUGGCCGGGGAGGUUUUCCAAGAGGAGGAGAUGGUGGUAGGGGAGGUGGUGCAAUGAGACAACCUGGUAAUCCCAACAAUGCCAGUUAUCAAAAUCGUCGCUAAUACAGAGAUGAGAAGUGACAGUUGAUCAGAAAAAUAUCAUCUUUCCCAUUCCUUUCUUUAUCGAAUAUUAAGUCUUUUGCUUCUAUCUUUAUUACAUCAUUUACCUCUCUUUAUCCCUUAAUUUUUCUUCACUACCCCUACCACCUCUCCUAUUCUCAUUUUUCCCAUCCUCAACAAUAUCCACCAGCUUCUUCUAAAUGAAUAAAUGAAUGAACGAAAGAAAGGAUACAGAGAACCCAGGACUACUACUACUACUACUACUAUUAU